GGGCUCCUGCUCCCGGGAGGCAGCGCCGCGUGGAGCGUCGGUGGAGCCCAGUUCUCUGGACGCAGAAACUGGUGCUCAUACAUAGUGACCCGCACGAUCUCAUGCCACGUGCAGAAUGGUACCUACCUUCAGCGAGUGCUGCAGACCUGCCCCUGGCCCAUGAGCUGCCCAGGGAAUAGCUACAGAACCGUGGUGAGACCCACAUACAAGGUGAUGUACAAGACAGUGACCGCCCGAGAGUGGAGGUGCUGCCCCGGCCACUCGGGGGCGAGCUGCGAGGAAGUUGCAGGCUCCUCUGGGUUUGUCGAGCCCGGGUGGUCAGGCAACACCAUGCGGCGGAUGGUGCUUCGGCCCACAGCCUUCUCAGGUUGUCUCAACUGCAGCAAAGUCUUGGAGCUGAAUGAGCGGCUGAAGGUGCUGGAAGCCAAGGUGGCAGUGCUCACUGUCCCAGGGCAGGCAGCACCCGUGACCCCAGCUGUUCCAGAGGACCCGGCCUCACUGUGGGGCUCCCCAGCUGCCCAGGGCAGCCCAGGGGGUGGAGGCCUCCAAGGACUGCCAGGAGCCAGAGAGAACACCAGGGCCCCACUGCUCCCUCGUGAUGAUCAAGUUGGUAUCCAGGGGCUUCCUGGGCCCUCUGGCCCCAAGGGAGACACUGGCAGCCGGGGCCCCAUGGGGAUAAGAGGCCCACCAGGUCCACAAGGCCCCCCAGGAAAUCCUGGCCAGGCUGGAGCUGUGGGCACCCCUGGAGAGAGGGGCCCUCCAGGCCCACCAGGGCCUCCUGGCCCCCCAGGACCUCCUGCCCCUGCUGGACCACCUCAUACCCAGAUCACCCAGCAUGGGGACCCAUUACUGUCUAAUACCUUUACUGAGACCAGCAGCCACUGGGCCCAGGGACCUGCUGGGCCUCCAGGUCCCCCAGGGCCUGUAGGUCCCCCCGGACCUCCUGGCCCCAUGGGCACCCCUGGGAGUCCUGGACUUGUUGGACCGCCAGGCCCCAGUGGCCCUAAAGGAAUCUCCGGCCACCCAGGAGAGAAGGGUGAGAAAGGACUGCGUGGGGAGACUGGGCCUCAUGGAUCCCCAGGGCAGCGGGGAGAACCUGGCCCCAAAGGAGACCCUGGUGAAAGGGGCCAUUGGGCUCCUAGCUUACAGAGCUUUCUGCAGCAGCAGGCUCAGCUGGAGCUCCUGGCCAGACGGGUCACCCUGCUGGAAGCCAUCAUCUGGCCAGAACCAGAAGGGUCUGGGACAGGCCCUGCCAGCACAGACACUCCCAGCUUCCUGCGGGGCAAGAGGGGAAGACACACAGCCAACUACCGGAUCGUGGCCUCCAAGAGCCACCAUGAGAGAGGCUGAGAGCGGUGG